GGAAGCGUCUGAGCGUCUAGACGGCACGUGCGUCGUAUCCUUGUCGAACGUUGACCUUGCGCCGCGGUCGAUGGCCCAUUCGUCAGUUAGCAGUGUACGCCUCAGCUAACAGUCUCAAUGAUUUUAUUCCGUUAGGGAAACUUGCUUGCGUCGCAUCGAAUUCUCGUAUCAUUAACAGCUCUCGUAUCAUUUGUUAAAUCUGCUUACGCGUACCAACCCUGGCGAACGAAUUAAACAUUUAUUGAAGUGUUUAUUAGAUAUUUUCUCUAAUAAGAUCUCGCGUUAUUGCAUCUUUUAGUUUCGAUUUCGAGAGUGUAGUGCAAAGUAUCAUUAUAAUCUGCUUUCGCGAGUGUUGUAUCGAGAAAAAAUAUUGUGCCUUCGAUGUUGAAAAUCCGACAAUCUGAGAGAAGAAGGAGACGUCGGGUGUCGGCGGAGCAACAUGUGAACCAUUAAAGCGACGUUGGAGAAUAACUCCGCUGUUGCGCAUCGAUCGAGAGGGGCAGCCUUGCAUGCAGCAAUUACUCUCGAACGAUUAUCAGCGAAUUUGGUGGCGAGAAAAAAUAGUCUGGGAUAAAACUAUAACUGCCAAAAAAAUUAUGAGCAAAAAGAUAUUACCCCGUAAGCUAAUUAAGAAGAAAGUACCGACAUGUGUAACCGUGAAAUAUCUGAAAAGAGAGGAGCGAUUGAAAAAAAAAAUGAAAGAAGAAUUUAAGAAGUCCAACGAGAAAUUUAAUACCGAACAGACGUUUGCAAAACCUAGCGAUACGAAAUUAAAGAAACGCGAAGAAAUGAAGUUAGAAGAAUGCGGAGAUAUGAAAUUGUUAAAUCAGGAAGAAACAAAAUCAGAAAAAUAUGAAGAAAUAAAAUCAGAAAGACCAGAGGAAAUAAAAUCGGAAAAUUGUGAGGAAACAAAAUCAGAAAAAUUCGAGGAAACAAAAUCAGAAAAAUUCGAGGAAACAAAAUCAGAAAAAUUCGAGGAAACAAAAUCAGAAAAAUUCGAGGAAACAAAAUCAGAAAAAUUCGAGGAAACAAAUCAAACAGUAUAUGAAGAAACGAAAUCAGAACAAAUCGAGGAAGUGAAAUCAGAAAAACGUGAAGAAACGAAACUGGAAAAAAAUAAGGAAACAAGAUCAGAGCAAACAGAAGACGCAACGUCAGAAAAAUAUGAAGAAACGAAAUCGGAGAAAAAUGAAGAAGUGAAAUCAGAACAAAGCGAAAAGAUAAAGUUAGAAGAAUGCAAAGAAACAAAAUCACAAUAAGAGAAAAACACGAAGAAGAUGAAGAAACGAAAUCAGAAAAAUGCGUUGACACGAAAUCGCAAGAUUAUGCGAAAGCAAUAUCGGAAGAACGCGAAGAAACGCAAUUAGAGAAUAACAAAGAUAUAAAGGAGCAAAAUACGAGAAAAAGAAUUGAAAAAAUAUAUUAUAAAUUAGAAUUUAAAAAAUUUGAAAACAACUAAUUACUACAUUAUACGUUGUGUAACAUGUAAAACUGUGACUACGAAAACAAAAAAAAAACAAUUUGGAAAAAUAAAAAUAUUCUCAAAUAAA